UCUCGCCACCUAAGAAACGGAAAGCUCAUUACGCUUGAUUUUUAUGUUAAGAUUCAUUGCACGUCUAGUUAUGUAUGGUCAAUGGAGAUGCCGUUUCUCACUUUUAGCACUUCGUCACUCAAAAACACGCUAACCCUAACCUUGGCAGCUCCACCGUCUUCACUCCUUAGAGCUCUGCAAUUUCCUCAAAGGAAGGGCAUUCGUCCUGUUUCCGCAGCCAUGUCCACUGUUACUCCUGUUGAAGAGGCCUCCAAAUCCCCUCCUCUUCAGGUGGCUAAGCGCUUGGAGAAGUUCCAGACCACAAUCUUCACCCAAAUGAGUAGCCUCGCCCUCAAAUAUGGUGCGAUAAACCUCGGCCAGGGCUUCCCCAACUUUGAUGGCCCUGAAUUUGUGAAGGAGGCUGCCAUCAAAGCCAUAAGGGAAGGCAAGAACCAAUAUGCCAGGGGUUAUGGCAUCCCUAAUUUAAACUCAGCCAUAGCCGACCGUUUCAAGAAAGACACUGGCAUCUCAGUAAACCCUGAAAAGGAAGUCACAGUAACCUCGGGUUGUACUGAGGCCAUUGCAGCCACCAUGUUGGGGUUAGUUAACCCUGGUGAUGAAGUAAUCGUUUUUGCACCUUUCUAUGACAUAUAUGAGCCCACUGCAUUAAUGGCAGGGGCUAAAAUCAAGGCCAUCAAUCUCCGACCCCCCGACUUCUCGGUCCCAAUCGAAGAGUUAAAGUCAGCCUUCUCUACACAAACCCGAGCAGUUUUGAUCAACACCCCACAUAACCCCACUGGGAAAAUGUUCACCAGAGAAGAACUUGAUGCAAUUGCUUCUCUUUGUAUCGAGAAUGACUCUUUGGUUUUCACUGAUGAAGUAUAUGACAAGUUGGCCUUAGAGGAGGAUCACAUAUCAAUGGCUUCUCUUCCUGGUAUGUAUGAGAGGACAAUCACCAUGAAUUCUUUGGGGAAGACUUUCUCUCUCACUGGUUGGAAGAUAGGUUGGGCUGUUGCCCCACCCCACCUAACAUGGGGUGUGAGGCAGGCCCACUCAUUCCUCACAUUUGCAACGUCAACGCCCAUGCAGUGGGCUGCUGCUGAAGCACUUAGGGCACCUGACUCUUACUACGAGGAGUUGAAGAGAGAUUACAAGGCGAAGAAGGCGAUAUUGGUGAAUGGUUUGAGAGAGGUGGGGUUUACGGUUUACCCAUCGCAGGGGACGUUUUUUGUUGUGGUUGACCACACGCCAUUUGGGUUUGAAAGUGAUAUUGAAUUUUGUCAGCAUUUGAUAGAGCAUGUUGGGGUGGUUGCCAUACCAGCUAGUGUGUUUUAUUUGGAUCCCGAGGAGGGUAAGAAGCUGGUGAGGUUUACUUUUUGUAAGGAUGAGGAUACGUUAAGGAAGGCAGUGGAGAGGAUGAAGGAGAAGCUAAGGAGAUGAGGAGCUAAUUUAAUCAUUUUGGUUUAAGAUUUAUGGUUCUGGUUAUUGUGCGCGUUUAUGAUACUAGUGGCAUAGCCAAGGGGUGUAUUGAAAGCAGUGGUAAAUCUGAUGGGUCCUUGUUGAAUAAAAAUUUCAAGCGGAUGCUUGGUUGGUUGGGUGGGUAUGGGUUGUUGGCGUUGUUGCCAUUGAGUCGAUUGAGAAAAAUACAAGGGCGGUGGGAAACUGGUAUUUCUAGGUCAUGUUUGGUAAUUAGAAAAGGGGAAAAAUUCUCCUAUUUUCUCCAAUACUGUAGCUAUCUGAAGUUUGGAGAUUGAGGAAAGAAAUUAGAAAUAAAAAUAAGAUGGCAAGAAGGAGAAAUGUCUUUGUGGAGUAUCCUCUCUCUCCCACAAAUCUCCUCACUCUUUCUCCGUC